AUUCACGGGGGUAUACACAGCCGGCGAGUGGCUCAAGAGCUGCAGUUCCGCGACGCCAUUCCAAAGAGGGACCAAAAAUUAGAUUAGUCUAAUUAAAGUCGUUCAACCUUCCCCGCUCCUUCCCGUUAUCUCAGUGAAUCUCAGUGCGAUCCAGGGAUCACAUCUCGUCGCGAUUCGGGAGAAAACAAAAAAAAAAAAAAAACCAAGAUUCGACCGAACCGGAAAAACAUGAUCGUAAGGAUCGUCACGUUGCUGGGCGCGAUCGCGCUGACACACGGCGCGUUCAACUGUCCCAACAAGGAUGGCCAGUACGAGGACAGCAAGCAAUGCGACAAGUACUACGAGUGCAUCGACGGCGUCGCGACGGAAAAACUGUGCCCGGACGGUCUCGUGUUCGAUCCGCUAAAUCGCAAGGUCAACAAGUGCGAUCACGUCUUCAACGUCGAUUGCGGCAACCGUCUUGAAUUACAACCUCCGCAACCGACGAAGAAGUGUCCGCGACGAAACGGCUUCUUCGCGCAUCCCGACCCGUCGGUUUGCAACAUCUUCUACAACUGCAUCGACGGGGAAGCGAUUGAGAUCACCUGCACCACCGGGUUGCACUUCGACGAGUACAGCGGAACCUGCGUGUGGCCCGACAGCGCGGGUCGCGAGGGCUGCGGCGUUAUGGGCAAGAAGCUGCAGGACGGAUUCGAAUGCCCGACCGAGCAACAGUUGGACAGCAGGGGUAUGUUGAUCGAUCAUCCCAAAUUCGCGCAUCCCGAGGACUGUCAGAAGUUCUACGUGUGCCUGAAUGGCGUGACGCCACGUGAGCAAGGAUGCAGCGACGGCACCGUCUACAACGAGGAGCAGCAGAGAUGCGACUCACCCGAAAACGUUGCCGGAUGCGAGGACUGGUACAAGGACGACGACAAGAAGAUUUAAACUAAUUGCCCGACCUGUUGCUCAUCUGUCCCGCAUCGGGACGUCCCCCGUGCUCGCGCUCUAAUCACAUGUCACUCAUUUCACUCAGUGUGUAAUUAGCCCCCAUGUGUGUGUUUAGCCAUUUGUAUAUGCUUGAAAUACAUUCUAGUUUUAUUUUAUA